AUGCAGUAUAUCCCACUUAUGUUUCAAUCUACAGACGACAUCAAACUUAACCAGAUGGUUUAUUUCUGAAUCCGAUGAUCUUUACUUAACAGCUUUUGCAGAGUCUGGUAUAUUUGACCAAACAGUGCGAUUUAAAUGGGAAGUUAGAGAAAUUUAUUCAGAUGGCAAAUCUUUACCCUUUAAUCAAACUAGACAGGAUAUGUUUACAGAAG